CAAACCACCGAAAGCCAAACCUUUUUUCAACACCGAAAGGAAAUUAUAUAUAUCAUUUCGUUCCUUAACGAUUCAUCUCAUUUCCAUUUCCUUUUACAUCGAUCAACACUUGGAACCAAGACCAUGCAACCCGAUAACUCCCCGGAAAAUUCACACUUGUUCCGAUUUCUCGUCGAGAACGGAGUUUUCAACGUUGGAUCCUACGGUUUUCCGGCAAUGCAAAGCUUGUGUAGUUCAUCCUCGUCGUCUUACCAUAAUUACCCCUUGGAAGGGUCUGUAAUUACGGAUAUGACACCACAGGAUAGAGCUCUUGCUGCUUUGAAGAAUCAUAAGGAAGCUGAGAAGAGAAGGAGAGAAAGAAUUAACUCUCAUCUUGAUAAGCUCAGAAGCCUCCUUCCUUGCAACUCUAAGACAGACAAAGCUUCACUUCUUGCAAAAGUUGUUCAACGAGUGAGAGAACUCAAGCAACAGACCUCACAAAUUCCAGGGCUCGAGACCUUCCCAUCAGAAACCGAUGAGAUCACUGUUCUUUCCGGCGAGUGUUCAAGUGAUGGACAAUUGAUCUUCAAGGCAUCUUUGUGCUGCGAAGAUCGCUCCGAUCUUUUGCCUGACCUCAUUGAGAUAUUGAAAUCCCUGCAUUUGAGGACUCUGAGAGCUGAAAUGGUUACAAUUGGAGGAAGAAUCAAGAACGUUCUUAUAGUCGCCGCAGAGAAAGAUCACAGCAUUGAAUCAGUACAUUUCUUGCAAACUGCACUGAAAUCUUUACUUGAACGAUCAAACUCUAGUGAACGGUCUAAAAGGAGAAGGGUAUUAGACCAUAAACUAAUAAUGCAAUGACUAUCUUGUAGUUUCUUUCAUCCUUAAUAUUCCUUUCUUUAAAGCUUCAUUGUGGAGUGGUACAUCGGAUUGUUUAAGAGUUCAGAGAUAUACGAUUUAUCCGUCCACCUAACUAAAGAAAAGAAAAGCUUCGUUUCAGUGUGCUUAUCUAAUGGUUUAAGAGGUCAAGAUUCAACCAAAGAGGAACUCUUCUGCAGGGAUGUAAAGUAUGGAGUUUGAGUUGAUUCAAUCAAUGAGCAGAGAGUUACGUAAGGUCUCGUUCGAAUAUCAAUCCAAGUCCGAUUCAGAUUCAAACUCUGCGCCUAACUGAAGAAAAGAAAAGCUUCAUUGUUUUUUAAAUGUUCCCUUUCCUUUCAUAGUAGGAUCGUGUGGAGGCCUCAGGUAGCUCUAUUUAUAUGUGGAGGUUUGUUUGUUUGUUUGUUUUAGUGGAAAUCCAGAAAAGAGGGAAACCUAUAUUUGUGUGGUAGCAUUUGUUAACUAGUUUAGGGUUUUUAGAUUGUGGAACAACAUCCAUGCAUGUGACUCUAUCAAUUGCUUAGCAAGGGGAGAUAGUAUGUUAGGGCAAUCAAAGAAUAUUCCUCUGUACUGAUCAGAAAUGAAGAACAUGUUGAUGAGAUAUGUACAAGUAAUGAAUGUGAUUUAUGUGAGCCCUGUAAAAGCAGAAACUUAUGUGAGUUUCCCAUCUGAAAAAUUAGAGAUUUGAUUUCUGAUC